CUAAGUCACCUGGGCUAACUCUUCUAGUGAACAAAUGGCAGGGUCUUGGGGUUUUAAGGGACACUGUGAGGGCUAUUGUAAAGGAAAUGGAGGGUCCCUCUUUUGGCCCCUCCAAAGGUCCUGUGCCUCCCCCUGGUGUUGUCAACAUGCAGGACACUGGGAAGAGCUGCAGGUCACAAAGUCACCAUGUCAACCUUCCUGUCAAUCGUGACAGAGAAUUCUGUCCCCAGGGUGGGGGAAGGGUCAGGCAGGUAGCUGGAGGCAGGUCUGCCAGAGCCUAGUCCCUGUGAUCCUAGUCCCUGCGAACUGGGGAGGUAUCUGGUGGAGGGCUGUAGUGCGCACUGGUGACAGGGCAGUAGAAGGGGUUGUGGCCCCUAGGCACAAGGGGAGGCGGCAGAGAAGGUGGCCACAGGUGGCCUAUGCUCAGCCUAUCUGGGCCCUCGCACAGGGACCCAAGAGUGAGUUGUGGUCACAGGGAUGGCCAGAUAAUGGGGAGCCACAACCCCCGGGGACCCUGCUUCCUGCUCUUCCUGCUGCUGCUGCUGCUGCUUCCCCUGCCACCUUUUAGAGCAGGAAGGCUUCAGUACCAUGGACCUGGCUGGAGAGUCUUCAACCGCCUGGCCCUGGGCUCCAGGAGGACCCACCAUCGCAGUGGCCUUGGCAGCGGGCCACACUGGCGCCAGGGGCAAAAGGGAGAGGGUCACAAAUGCAAGGGCUCAUUUGACCUCUACUUCAUCUUGGACAAGUCUGGCAGUGUGGACAACAACUGGAUUGACCUUUAUUUGUGGGUGGAGGAAACAGUGAAGCGGUUCCAAAGCCCAAGUAUACGGAUAUCUUUUGUCACCUACUCCACGGAUGGCGACACCGUCUUGGCACUCACCUCAGAAAGCAAGAGAAUAAAGGAGGGUCUUCAGAGGCUUGAGAAAAUUGUUCCUGAAGGACACACAUACAUGCAGGCAGGAUUUAGAAAGGUAAUUCGGCAGAUGGAAAUGAACAACUACGGAAACAACAAAGUUACCAGCAUGAUUAUUGCUAUGACUGAUGGAGAACUCGUGACAUUUGCAUUUCAGGACACUGUCAGAGAAGCUGAAAAGGCUCGGAAACUGGGGGCCAACAUUUACACUCUGGGUGUGGCUGAUUAUAAUCUGGACCAGAUAACAGCAAUUGCAGACAGCCCUGACAACGUGUUUGCGGUGGAUAAUGGUUUCAAGGCCCUGAAAAGCACCAUUGAUUCCCUGACGUCAAAGGUCUGUAUUGACGUGACAUCGGUGGAGCCUCCCACUGCGUGUGUAGGAGAACCGUAUGAAGUGCUUAUUCAUGGAAAUGGCUUUCAGAAUAUGAAGAAACCGAAUGAAGUUAUUUGCAGAUUUAUCUUCACCCUAAGCAAUGUCAUUGAUGAACAGCCAAUUCAGAUCAACCAGAAUUCCAUGACUUGCCCUGGGCCAAAACUAGAAAAACCUGGAGAGAAGUUCUUAAUUGAAGUCAGCUUGAACAACGGCGUCUCAUUCUUCAAGAGCAAUGUCAGCGUCACAGGCACCAAAUGUGGCUUUUUCAGCAACUGGCUGUAUUUUCUGCCGCUCCUGCUGCUGCCACUGCUGCUGUGCUGUCUCUGGCUACUGUGCCGCAGGAAGACUGUCAAGGAGCCAGCACCUGUGCAGAAGCCAGAAGAGGAACCAGAGCCAGAGAAACCACCACCUUCACCAUCAACACCACCAGCUCCGCCCCCGCCUCCACCCCCACCUCCUGGAAACACCUGCCCCACUGUGAUUGUUUGUUGCUCUGGGUGCCAAGGAGUGUGCGGGAUGAGAGGGAUAAAGGGCAAUCUCAACACCUUUGGUGACCUCUGUCACCCAAACUGCAGCCAGGUGCCAUGGAUGUGGUGUCAGCACAGGGACCAGGGGAGGUGCCUCAGCUUAGCCCUUGCACAGUCCCAAUGCACACAGGCUCCCUGCUGCCCGGAGAUCUGCUUUCCAUUCAGCCAGGAAUGCCUUCCACCACCACAGGCUCCCUACAGCCCAAAGAUCUGUCUGAGACACAGCCAGGAAUGCCUCGCCCUCAAACAGGCUCCCUGCAGUCCAAGGAUGUGCCUGAGACACAGCGGGGAGUACUUUUCCCAAACACAAACUCUGUGCAAACCAAAGAGCUGCCUUCAACCCAGCCGGAAGUGCCUCCCCCUCAUUUGCUCCUCCAGGUGUGGCCACCUCCCUGCUAGGUGCUCCAGGACCCGCUCCAGGACCCCCUCCAGGAUGCUGCCGCUGCUCCCCCCACUGUUCGGGCACACUGCACAACCUGCUUUGUCUCUCCCUCCCUCAGAGCCCAACUUCUAAGGCACCAAAUACCCAAGAUUAACAAGCCUUUGUUGCUGGACUGGAAAUAUACAUCAAGUCUUCGUUUGUCAGUCAAAGGAGUUGAAUUCUUGCUGAUCAACCAAGAGUUUGUCACCAGGAAGCUUAUCCUCUGAGUGAGCUGGAUUUAUACUGCACCUGAUGGGACACAGCACCCUGGUGCAGUGGGGAUUCCAGGCAUGGAUGCAUUCCACUCCCAACAGCCCUGACUUCAUCUGUCACCAAGGGGUGGGACACAUGAGGUGUAAGGCCAAAUUCUCUGUUUAAAAAGCCCAAAAACUCUUUUUCUUUUUUUUUGAGACAGAGUCUUGCUCUGUCACUCAGGAUGGAGUGCAGUAGCACAAUCUCAGCUCACUGCAACCUCUGCCUCCUGGGUUCAUGUGAUUCUCCUGCC